UGCAGCAGACCGGGUCCACACAGUCUCUGAUCCGAUCCAGCCUUCAAACUCUUUACAGUCUUUCAGGUUCGGGACUCGGAUCACUUCGAACCAGUUUAAACCUGCAGCUGUGGGACCAGGUCCACCAUCAGACCCAGUUCAGACCAGCAGCUGUGAGACUGCAGACUGAUGUAAACCUGGACUACAUCUCUUCCUCCUCCUCCUCUUCUUCUUCUUCUUCUUCUCUUUUUGAAGCCCACACUCCGGUUCGGAGCGGAGAUGCCGGUCCAGAUCCCGGACGACUCGGACUUCUCGUCGUUCAAGGAUCAGUGUCUGAAUCCGGACGGAUGGAUCAGCCGGUACAGUAAGGGGGGGGUGACGGUGUGGUGCCGAGAGGAGGAGAGCAAGAGCGUCCAGAAACUCAAGGUAAGGAGACCAGACCUCUUUAAGACCCGAUCAGGUCAUCGAUCAGACACGAGGUCCACCCGCCUGCAGCAGAAACACACUGAGAACAGGUUUUCAAAAUUAUCGAUUAAUCGGAGCGAGUCGGACAUGUUUCUGAGAGAGUCGAUUUUUGUCAAUGAAAGUAAAGAUUCGAGUUUAUUCUCAGUCAAACUUCAACCUCAACAAAGUGAAAACACGUCCGAUCCGGAUGAUCGGUUAAUCAAUCGAUUAGUUAAUUCCCGAUCAAGUAAUCAGAUGGGUUAUAUUCGACACUUAGAGUUGAGAGUUUACAGCCAGUCCUGAGGGAUUUUCUGCUUUCCUCUGAUUUUAGUUCAUCUAAGAAUUAAACUGUUUCAGAACCUUCUGGACCAGGACCUUCUGGACCAGAACCUUCUGGACCAGAACCUUCUGGACCAGGACCUUCUCUGAAACACUUUUAGUUUCAUUAAAUAAAAAAACUCUAAAGAUAAUAAAGAACAAACUGAAGUAAGAAGAGUAAAGUUUAAAUAAGAUCAAAUAAAACUCAGAGAUGUUCGAUGAUCUAAGUCUGAAUUUAAUUUUUAAUCUGAAGACAUUUUUAUUUUCAUAUUUAAAGUUCAAUCAAUCAAUCAAUCAAUCAACUUUAUUUCUAUAGCACAGUUAAAAUAACCACGGGGGUGUCCAAAGUGCUGUACACUGAGACAUAAAAACAAAUAAAACUAUCAAAGAACAAGAAAACAGAAAUGAAUAAAUAAAUCUAUAAAUCAGCUCCGGGCUCAGGCGAGCGCGACACUGUGUCCUACCUGAACCGUCAAACAUGCCACAGUGUCAACAGGCUGAAGACAAUACUCUGUCCUCGCCUCCGCUAACCCUGCUGUUGAACAAUAACACUCUGUUGUUAUGGGAAACUGACCAAUAGGAUUCAAGAUUGUUGAUCAUUUCCUGACUGUUGACGAUCUUCAGUGUGGAGCUGAAAGUUAGAGGAGCAGCACGGAUUUAUCGAUAAAACCUGAAAUUAAACCGAUGAUCGGAGGAUCAAUCAGUCCUGAAAACAUCGUCUGCUGCUUCUUCUUCUGAUGUAUUUUGAACUGGUCACCAUAGCAACAGUUAUCAAUACCAGCUGCUGUUAGAAAAACAGCUGACAGAGGCCAGGAGGAAACACACCGCAACAGAUCAGCUGUGAAUCUGAGAGGUUAUCGGGUCGGUACCCUGAUCUUCAGAUCCACCGCCAUGACAAACAGCUGAUCAGAAUAUCGAAACAGCUGAUCAGAAUAUCGAAACAGCUGAUCAGAUCAUUAACAGCUGAUCAGAGGUUCAUUAAUAGCUGAUCAGAGGUUAUUAACAGUUGAUCAGAAUAUUUUAACAGCUGAUCAUGAUAUUUAAUCAGCUGAUCAGAUCAUUAACUGCUGAUCAGAGGUUAUUUACAGCUGAUCAGAAUAUUUUAACAGCUGAUCAUGAUAUUUAAUCAGCUGAUCAGAGGUUAUUAACAGCUGAUCAAAGUUGGUAAACAGACUCAGAUCAUUAACAGCUGAUCAGAAGUCAUUAAAAGCUGAUCAGAGGUUGUUAUCAGCUGAUCAGAGGUUACUAGCAGCUGAUCAGAAUAUUUUAACAGCUGAUCAUGAUAUUUAAUCAGCUGAUCAGAGGUCAUUAACAGCUGAUCAAAGUUGGUAAACAGACUCAGAUCAUUAACCGCUGAUCAGAGGUUAUUAUCAGCUGAUCAAAGGUUACUAACCGCUGAUCAGAGGUUAUUAACAGCUGAUCAUGAUAUUUAAUCAGCUGAUCAGAUGUUAUUAACAGCUGAUCAAAGUUGGUAAACAGACUCAGAUCAUUAACAGCUGAUCAGAGGUUAUUAAAAGCUGAUCAGAGGUUGUUAUCAGCUGAUCAAAGGUUACUAACAGCUGAUCAGAGGUUAUUAACAGCUGAUCAAAGUUGGUAAACAGACUCAGAUCAUUAACAGCUGAUCAAAGGUUACUAACAGCUGAUCAGAGGUUCGGAGGCUGAUGUGAUCGCUCUUCAGUGUCGCCUCCUGCAGAGGAAAACAAACCGCCGCCUGCCGUCAGCGUGCUGAAAAAUUCAGAGCGGAAAGGAGAGUCUGACUCUGAAACCUGAGCAGGAGGAGGAGAGGCGUCCAGGAUUCGGUCCAGUAGAGGUACUGAGACCUGAACCUCCUCAGGUCCACUUCACAGCUCCAGUCUGCAGACUGGCCUCCAGUUUCCUUCUCUGUGAAGCUCUGAUGAUGUUUCAGCAGCAGGUCACAGUCUGUCGGCCUCAUUUUGACGUUUCCAAGUUUCUUCCAGACUUCAGGGCGUGAACGACAAAACAGUUAUCAAGGUCACUUCAGGGUUAAAUCCAGGGUAGAUCACCUGGUUACUGAUACUGAACACCUGAGAGUAAGGUAGUAGGAAACCCCGCCCACCGACCCGUCUGUAGAUAUAAGAUGAUGUCUGCUAACAGUCAGAGUUUUAUUUCCAUGUUUGAAUAUUAUCUCUUUAUUUAGUAUUGUUUUACACGGUCAGAGCAGCAGCUGCAUAUUUUAGACUUUGAUAAGACGGCCUGAGAGAGGCGGGGUCAGGAGUCAAACCGACAACCAGAGUGAGGACAGGUGUGGAGGAGGAGUUUGUGUUCGCUCAGCCUCUGUGGAGCAGCUCAGACCUGGACCUGGACUGACAGGUUUCUAACAUACUGUGUGUUUCUGAACGAGUACCGGACUGUAAACCAGCUGAACAACAGGAACUAUCCCUUUAAGUUCAGACAUGACUGAGGAGGAGGAGGAGGGGGAGGAACAGAGGAGGAGGAAGAACAGAGGGAGGAGCAGACGGAGGAGGAGAAGAUCAGCUGACCUGAAGCUCCUCUCAGCUGUGUCUCCUGACCCCGGGCUGACCACAGGAAGUGAACCACAGCAGAGAGUGUGUUACCUAACACACACACACACACACACACACACUGAUUCAGAGGUGAUGAUGAUGAUGAUGAUGAUGAUGAGGGGAUGAAGGCUCCUGUGUGUGUUAAUUAUUGAAGCGCUGUAAUUAUUCCCUCCUGAAUAAUUCAGGUCUCCUGUGAGCGGACGGCGUCUCCGAUCAGAAGAAGAAAAUAUCUGAUCAGGACCUGAGGACGGGUACUGAGUUUAGUUCCUGACCUGAACCUCAGUCCGGGUCCAGCGGAACUGAAGGAAAGUCCACUUACAUCACAGUCAUGGUACUUUAACGUGAUUGGCUGAGGCAGGGUCACCUGAAUACUUGACUCUGAUUGGUCAGAGUGUUUCCCUUCAGCCUGUUGACCCUCUGUGUUCGUGAACUGAGCCGUUCUGACAGACAGACUCUGACGCCGCUUCAAUCAGCUGUUGUUGUUGUUGUUGUUAUCCUGACGGUUCGAGGUCGUCAAGAUGUUCUCACCAGCUUCUCCACCAGUGCACAGAUUGCAGGACAGGAAGUCGUUCCACUUUUCUCACAUGAACGCGUUUUUGUUUUUUUUGUCUGUUUGGAAACUUUCAAUAAUUAGUUUUCAUGUUCUAGAAGAUAGACUGUUUCACAAAUCUAUAUCUACGCCGAAGAUGGAGUUUGGAGAGGGCGGAGCCUGACCCCCGACCUCCACCUUCAUCCUGAUGGUCUCCUAAAAGGUCGUAUCCUCCGAUCGUAGCUGAUCGUAACCAUUCAAGUUAACGUGUCGAUUUACACCGACUUCUUUCCGUUCCUCUGAGGAUCAGAAUCAAAAUCUAAGACUCCUUUCAACGAGGAGUUGGAUGCUGCAUCCUCAGUUUUCGACAACAUCUCCAGAUUUAGGAGCAACAUCUGCGUCCAUCCAGCUGAGGAGUCCGGCGAUCCUCAGAGGAACGGAAAGAAGUCGGUGUAAAUUGACACGUUAACUUGAAUGGUUACGAUCAGCUACGAUCGGAGGAUACGACCUUUUAGGAGACGAUCAGGAUGAGUCGGAAGUUUGGGGUAAAUCAGCAGAACGUGGAUCAGACAGACUUUGAUAUGGGGUGCCGUUUGUAAAGCAGCCCAUUAUAAAAACAACAGCAAGAUUUGGUCACAUUUAGCUUCAAACAGCACUUAAAAAAGUGAUGUGAAUUUUCGGCAGUCAUUUUUUUGCACAUUUACAACAACAUUUAAAUACUAAAACUAAAUGUUAAAUGUUAAAUCUAAAUGUGUUGGGCGAAACUAAAUAUUUAGCUAAUAUGCAAAUUCACGGUCGGAAACCGGAAGUGCCAAAAUAAAAGCUCCAGAAGGUCAUAUUGAUGAUUCUUGUGUCGAAGAAAACGAAUUAAAACCAAUUUAAGGGGGGAACAAUUACUUGGGGUGACGUUUCGUGUUAAUAACUACGUACAAUAGCGACAGCAACAACAAAAACUUUAUUAGAAAGACUCGAGUUUACAGUGUCGCUUCUCCGUGUGGCGCGGACACUAUACGAACACACGCACACACACAUGCAGGUGCACUCAUGAUACUGCUGCUGUCCGCCACAAAGGAGCAGUUAGUAGGUAGGUAGGUAUGUAGUUGUAGGUAGUUAUUAACACGAAACGUCACCCCAAGUAAUUGUUUUGGUUUUAAUUCGUUUUCUUCGACACAAGAAUCAUCAAUAUGACCUUCUGGAGCUUUUAUUUUGGCACUUCCGGUUUCCGACCGUGAAUUUGCAUAUUAGCUAAAUAUUUAGUUUCGCCCAACACAUUUAGAUUUAACAUUUAACAUUUAACAUUUAACAUUUAGAUUUAUAUUUAACAUUUAGAUUUAUAUUUAACAUUUAGAUUUAUAUUUAACAUUUAGAUUUAUAUUUAACAUUUAGAUUUAACAUAUAUAUUUAACAUUUAUAUUUAGCAUUUAGAUUUAACAUUUAACAUUUAGUUUUAGUAUUUAAAUGUUGUUGUAAAUGUGCAAAAAAAUGACUGCCGAAAGUUCACAUCACUUUUUUAAAUGCUGUUUGAAGCUAAAUGUGACCAAAUCUUGCUGUUGUUUUUAUAAUGGGCUGCUUUACAAACGGCACCCCAUACUUUGAGUCGACUUUAAAGCUGUUGGACUCUGAUUUUGACUCUUUAGUGAAAGUUUCAGACCUGAACGAUGACAGCCGAGUUAAAGAUAUCCAUCAGUAAAUAAUCUCCCUGAUCUACAACCUGGUCUUUGAUUAUAAGUGUGUGAAGUCAGAGCUGUGAGCCGAGGUCUGAGACUGUCAGGAAGCAGCAGAUGUGGAGUUCACCGCAGAGUGACGGACACACAAAGACGCUCAGGACUUUAUGAAUGAUUCACGCCGCAGCAGAGCCCUGCUGAUUGAGUUACACGGAGCGUUUUUCAGCUCUGACCCGCACAAUAUCUGAUGACCGCCGCUCAGCCGAGACCCACGCUCCUGUGAGAUUACAGCAGUGGAAAAAAGUGACGUCUUACUGUAAGAGCUCGUCUCACAUGACGUCCAUAACUCUGCUCAACACUGACAGAGAGAGAGAGAGAGAGAGAGAGAGAGAGAGAGAGAGACGGCUCUGUUUCAACCCGUCUGCGCAGACAGAGAGAUGAACACGACAGAGCUGAGCUGAACUCUGGAGGAGAAGCUGCUCAGAUGUUUCAGGAAGGAGUAAAACAGACGAGAGGACACUGACAACUUUCAGAAAUACUUCAACAAAAAACUCUAAAAAGAGGCAGCAGAAAAAACCAGACCAGGAUCUCCUUAGAGUCCAGACUGUCCUCUGAGUCCAUGAUGUUGGAGGUCUCUCUGCAGACUUGAUUCUCUCAGCAUCUUCCAGAAAAAAACUAAAGUUCCCGACUUUCAGCGAGUCCUAAAGUUUGUUUGAAUCUUCUGUUGGUCCUGAAUCCUCCACAUCAGAGAUGAUUGAUUUAUUGAUCCAUGAGUGAUCAACCCCUGACCUCAUCCUCCUGCUGAUCACAUGACUGAAUGACUUUAGUGUGGUUGUAGUUUUAAAUGAGCUGUCGUCAGAUUUAGUGAUUAAAAAAGAACAUCUAUGUGAUCAUGAACUUCCUGCAGCACUCACUGUUCCUUCGUAAAGUUUCAGUCCAUUUACGAAAGGAUGACGACUUUUGUCAGGCCUGUCGUCUCUGAAAACUCGUGUUUAGGAACAUGAUGCUGUGAUAUGGAAGCUGAGCAACGAUAUUUGGAUGUAGAGAGGAAUCACUGCUGUGUUUUUUUCUGUGCAGUGAUGAUAAAGAAAGUCGAAGUCUGAUGGGAGAAGAAUUCAGACCCAGACCGACCAGAUUUAUGAACCUCCUCAUGGGUCCAAACAGAGCUGAGAGUAAAAAAAACACCCUGAGUUCUGCUGCAGAUCCUCUCCUCUCUGUUUGUCAGACCUUGAGCUUCAGAUGUUACACAACACAUCCCACACGGCUGCAUUUAUAACUCUGAAUGCUCCAGAGUUUCUCCUCUGAGACCCUCCAACGCUCCAGCAGCUGAUUUAAAACCCCACAGACACCAUGAAAAUCUAAAUAUCAGCAAAAAUAACCUAAAAAAUAACGUGAGAAAUACUGGAAAAGAGGGAAAAUAAUGAAAAACAUGAGAAAAAAUGAAAAAUAUGAGAAAAAAUUAAAAAUAUGAGAAAAAAGGAAAUCAUGAAAAAAUGAUUAAAAAAUGAAAAAAUAUGAAAAACAGAAAAUCAUAAAAACAUGAAAAAAGCUAAAAAUAUUAACAUGAUUAGAACAUGAGAAAUAAUAGAAAACAUGAAAAAUAAUUUAAAAUUUGGAAAAUUAUGACAAAUCAGAAAUAAUGAAAAACUUGGAAAAAUUAUAAAAAAACAUGAAAAUAAUGAAAAACAUGAAAAUUAAUGAAAAAUACUGAAAAAUGUGAGAAAUAUAACAUAACAUGAAAAUAAAGGAUAAAACAUGAAAAAUCAUGAAAAAUGAGAAAAAUAAUAAAAAACAUGAAAAAAAUGAAAAACAUAUAAAUAAUAAAAAGAACUUGAAAAAUAAUUUAAAAACAAGAGAAACAGUUUGGACUGUUAAACUGUUUGAUUGUUUUGACCUUUUAUUUAUUCUGGCCUGUUCGAGCUCAUAGAAACUAAAACCCUGAACCUUUUAUAAAGUGCAGGUGGUCUUCAGGUUCCUGAUCUGAUGAGGAUGAUCUGUGUUCACACUUUAACCCUUUCAGGACCACUGCUUUGUGACUUCCUGUUUUUUGUCUGUGACUUUGUCCCCGCCUCUCUGUCUCUGUUUGUGUCUCAGAUGAGGAUAGUGUGUAAGGACGUGACAGCAGAGACUCUGUACGAUGUCCUCCAUGACACCAGCUACCGCAGGAAGUGGGACACCAACAUGAUCGACACAUACGACAUCGCCCGGCUGACCGCCAACGCAGACAUCGGAUAUUACUCCUGUAAGUCCAGCUCUGCGUAUGGACCAGUUUAAUAAGAUGAAGUCUCUGUGUGUCCUAAAUGACUUCCUGUCUUUGAAGGGAAGUGUCCGAGUCCGCUCAAGAACAGAGACUUUGUGACCAUGAGAUCUUGGCUUCCUCUGGGCAACGACUACCUGAUCAUCAACUACUCCGUCAAACACCCGGUCAGCUUCAGCUCUGAUGUCUUUAAAGGGAUAUUCUGCUGUAAAACUAAUUCAGGGUCAAACCCACCAUAACACCGAGUUAGACCCCCCCUCCAGAGAUGAAUGUUGUCGACCGCUUGCUUCUCUAGUUAUACCAACUUUAGUAACGACCGCAGGAUAGAAAUACAGAGAGCCACGCCCUCAACCAAAAUGCCACUCUAUAGCCACAAAUAAUGCUCAGAACAGCACCUAACUUCAUCAACAGGACAUAUAGGGUCACAGACAUAGUACUAUAUUCAGAGUUGUUCUAACUCCUAAGAAAACAAAUUUAAGCAGGGCGUUUCUCCACUUCAGUAGUCUAUAAGCUGGGCCAAUAAACUUCUACUGUAGUAAAAUGAAAAGGUGAAGGUGUUUUUAUUGAGCCGAAUUAUCAAUAAAAUCAUGAUUUUGUUAACAGGUAUGAAUUUAUGUGCUGUCGAGUUAAAAUAUUUGAACAAGAGCACAGUAAAUUUAAAUCAGAUAAUUUUCCAAUGAGGUUCUGUUACUGAACAGAGCUACAUCAUGUUCUACUGAGGUUAGUACAUAUAGGGUCCCAGACAUAGUACUAGACACCAAACAUCUUUUUAACUUUGACUCAUUUCUUUAGCAAAGAGACUAAACACAACUCACCUACUCUCUUCCAGCAGACGCUUGUUUGUAGAGAGACUUCAGGCCAGUCCAUUAGGGACUACAGCGGGGUGCCGCAGCUCAAGGAAGAACAUUUAUGAUCAUUUCUUUAUCAUUUCCUUGAAGUAAUAAUCACCAUAUUAAUCAUUUUACAGACGCAGUAGUUCUUCUGUCUUAGCGUCUCGGUCUGAUUGUAUUUCCAUGAAGAAAUUAUCAUAAAUGUUCUUCCUUGAGCUGCGGCACCCCGCUGUAGUCCCUAAUGGACUGGCCUGAGGUCUCUCUACAAACAAGCGUCUGCUGGAAGAGAGUAGGUGAGUUCAUGUAUUUCUAUCCUGCGGUUGUUACUAAAGUUGGUAUAACUAGAGAAGGAAGCGGUCGACAACAUUCAUCUCUGGAGGGGGGGUCUAACUCUGUGUUACGGUGGGUUUGACCCUGAAUUAAUUUUACGUUGGAAUAUCCCUUUAAGUCCACCUUCAGAGUCGGUCCAUCAGGGUUAAGGCAGGUGAAGAUCUCAGUCUUCGUUAUUUUAGAGUCAUGAAAACUCAAACCUCUGUCUGUCUCUUCAGCAACACCCUCCCAAGAAGGAUUACGUCAGAGCCGUGUCCCUGCUGACCGGGUACCUGAUCCAGUCCAACGGAGCAAACUGCUCCACCCUGUACUACCUGACCCAGGUGGACCCCCGAGGUAUGGUGGGGGCACAGGACGGACACACUUUACCUUUUCUUCUUCUAUCAUGAUUGUAAUAAAAUAAUUCGACUGAAUUUCUUCUGUUUCUGAAUAUUUUCUCUGCAGGUUCGUUACCGAAGUGGGUGGUGAACAGAGUCUCUCAGUUUGUGGCUCCAAAGGUAAAAAAAUCUGAACUUUAAAACUCAGACAAACUUUGACCCCGAGUCUAUAAGAGCGGGACACCUGGAUUUUAUGGGUUUAAGCGAUUUUUCUGCAGAUAAAAACGCUGCAAAGACAAAAAGACAAAAGCAGCAUGUAGACCUUAGUGAAACCCAGCAGACCAGGUUCCCCAGUUCCUCAGCAGGACUCUUCUCCUGUUGUCUGAAUGAGGUUUGGGAUCAUCUGAAGGUCUUUCCUGAAAAAGUCUUGGACACAGAUGUUGCUCCUAAACCUGGAGAUCUUGUUUAAAACUGAGGACGCAGCAUCUAUAAUUUCCAGUUCCUCGUUGAAUGAUGUCUCACCUUGUCCUCUCCGUCCUUGUCCUCUCCGUCCUCUCCGUCCCUGUCCUCUCCGUCCUCUCAGGCCAUGAGGAAGAUCUACAAAGCGUCUGUGAAGUACCCUGAGUGGAAGAGGAAGCACACCCCUCACCUGAAGCCGUGGAUGUUUCCGGAGCAGAACACGCUGCCGUGCAUCAACGUGUCGGAGCUGACGGUGCAGCGCGCCGACUCUCUGGAGAACAUCGAUGAGAGCGGUCUGAGCGAGGAGAAGCAGCAAAGUGACGACGAAGAGACUUAAACUCACUUUAGGGACUUUAAAAACACGAAUCUGUCGCUUUAAUUCUCCUUUGAUUGUUUGUUUCUUUGUUUGAUUGUUUCUUUAGUUGAAUGUCUGUCUGUUUGUCUGUUUAUUUGUC